AUGGAGGACUCCAGCGGACCGCAGAGCCCUAGCCCGCAGUCGUCGAGACCCAGUACGGACCCACAGACGCCGGCCGAGCCCCCUGCGCCCGAGAGAGCGGAAAAUGCGGAUGGGGGCGCCGUCGCGACCGAGCCAGAAUCUGGAGAGGAGCCCGCGGAUGGCGGGGCCGUGGCCGAGGCGGUGCCUGACCCGGGGACAUCCGUGGAGCCCGAAGCUGAGAACGCACCUUUGCCGGAGCCUGUGUCGCCUGCGCCCGCACCCGAGCCCGAGCCCGAGCCCGAGCCCGAACCCGAACCCGAGCAGUCGGCCGGGCCGAGCACCGAGGCGGACUCCGAGGAGGCAGCCGACACUGCGUCCGCGCCCCGGCGCGCACUGGGAGCCGGUGCGGAGGAGGCCUCUCGGGAGUCCGAGGAUGUGCACUGGGAGGAGAGCAGCCAGGGCAGUACUGACGAUGAGGCGACCACAGAGUUGGAGGAGUGGCCGGAGGAAGUGAGGAAGCUACAGGAACAACAGCUGCGCACCGAGCUCCUGGAGCAAUACCGCACGCUGGUCAUGGAGCGCGGCCACUACCAGCGAUACAACUUGUUCCUGCAGCACAAGAUCCAGGAGGCGCUGCGCACCAAGAAGGGCCCGGAGGUGGUCGACGUGGCCGCCAAGGCUGAGCCCGAGGCCCCGGAGAAGGAGCAGGUCUACCUGCGCUACCUGGCCAAGCUGGAGGAGCUGAAGAAGCUGCAAGCCGACGACCUGGACUGGUACCAUCAGGAGCUGGCUCAGCUCCAACAGCAGUGCCAGGAGAAGCUGGCCAAGGUGGACAAGGAGUGGCAUGCCUUCCAGACACUCAAGAGACAGGUGAUGUUGCAGGCCAUGGGCAGUUGUCGGCUGCGGGGUGGGCGCCAGGCGGCCUUGCGCGAGGUGGAGCAGAUCCAGACCCUGGAGAACAAGAAGGAGAAAGAGAUGAGCGCCGUGCGGCUGGAGAACGUGCAGCUGAAGCAGAGCCUGGUGCACUUUGAGACCAGGAUGAGGGCCCAGGAGGACCUGACCCAGGGCCUGCUCCUCAUCGAUUUCGAGCAGCUGAAGAUCGAGAACCAGACCUUCAACGAGAAAGUGGAAGAGCGAAACGAGGAGCUUCUGAAGCUUCGCAACAAGGUCACCAACAACGUGCAGGUUGUCACGCACGUCAAGGAGAAGCUGCACUUCGUGGAGAUGGAGAACAUGCGCAAGAAGUCAAAGCUUCUGGAACUGGAGGCACAGGUGGCCAGGAAGAGAGACAUCCUAACCAAGACCAAGCAAGCCCGCGACAGCCUGCGGCUUGACAACAUCAGACUGAAUCAGAAGUGUGGGCUUCUGGGUAAGGAGGCGCUGCUGCAGGACAUGGAGGAGAAGGUGGAGAGGACGGCGCUUCUCAACCAGCGCCUGGAGACCAUGAAGCGGCACCACGCGGGGCUCGCGUUGUCGCGAAGAGGAGUGAAGCAGAAGAUUAGGGAAGCCAAGACGUUUCUUCCCUCGUGA